CGCUUGUUCGGAUUUCCAAGUCGGAAAAGUUCGGCUGCUUUGCUCCUCUUGUCUCACUGGUGCCGCCCCCCUAGUUGCUCCGACUCUGGUUAUCGGAAAGGUCAGACUCAAAGCCUACGCAAGUCGGCGGACUGGGCCUCUUUCCGGGGCUCUACACUCUGGGUCUUCGUAGCAGGGCGCCAGCAUGGGUAUUUCUCGUGAUUCCACGCAUAAGCGCCGUCUGACGGGAGGCAAGAAGAAGUCAUGGCGCAAGAAGAGAAAGUAUGAGCUGGGCCGGCAGCCGGCCAUGACCAAGCUGUCGAGCCACAAGACAGUGCGGCCGGUCCGUGUGCGGGGGGGGCACCUCAAGUUCCGCGCUCUUCGGUUGGACACGGGCAACUUCAGCUGGGGCAGCGAGGCGGUGGCACGCAAGACGCGUGUCCUGGACGUGGUGUACAACGCGAGCAACAACGAGCUGGUGCGCACGCAGACGUUGGUCAAGAACGCCAUCGUGCAGGUGGACGCCACGCCCUUCCGGCAGUGGUACGCACAGCACUACGGCGCGGAGAUUGGCAAGAAGAAGGGCAAGACGGUUAAGAAGGAGGGCGAGGAGGAGGAGGUCGCGGAGAAGAAGAGCGCGCACGUGGAGCGCAAGCUGGCCAAGCGCGCGGAGGGCCAGAAGCUGGACCCCAACCUGGACGAGCAGUUUGCGGGGGGGCGCCUGCUGGCCGCCAUCUCGUCACGACCCGGCCAGUGCGGCCGCUGCGAUGGGUACAUCCUUGAAGGGAGGGAGUUGGAGUUUUACUCAAGGAAGCUGCAGAAGAAGAAGAGCAAGGGGGCCUCUGCUUAGAAGGACCAAACAUUAUGUACAUUGUGGUGUGACUUCAUCGGGGGGCUGCCUGUUGACUUCAUUUGCCAUUCUUUGGUGCUGAGGCACCUCCCAGGCGAUUUCGAGCGAUUUCGAGCUAUUUUUCUGCUUGUCAAUGUUCAUGGUUAUGAUAUCGUUAAGUCAAUGGAUGACGGCGUUGAAGUUUCAUACUUGAGCAGUACGGAAGGAUCCGUACUCAGAAGUGCAA